CCGGGCCGAAACGGGUCGCGUCGACUCUCUCUGCAGCUCCCGGUCCUCGCCUGCCCGUCCGCUGCGCUCGGUAUGGCCGCCGCCUCCUCCUCCUCCUUCGCCCGCGGGGAGCGGAGCCCCCUCCUGUCCCCCCUCCUCCUCCUCCUCCUCGGUGCCUCCCUGGCCGCCGCCGCCGCCGCCUCCCCGCCGGCCAAGCUGGGCUGCUGGUUCGUGGAGGAGGCGGGCGGCGGCGGCGGCGGGGUGAUGCCCAGCGACCUGACCCAGCGCCGCGCUCUGCUCGUCCUGCCGCCGCCCGGGCAGCGCCUCCCCGAAGCCGCCCUGGAGCGCGACCUGCCCGCCGAGGUGGAGCCCGGCCUGGCCUUCCAGCUGCUGGACCCCUCCGGGAGCCUCUGGAGCGGCCGGGAGCCCGACGCCCGUCCCCGCUGGGGCCGCUCCAGCGCUCGGCCCGGCGAGGGGGCCCCGGCGUGCGAGAUGAACCCCUACCGCCCGCGGGAGGCGCACGUGCCCUGGGCCGCGGGGCUGGCGGCGGGGCCGGAGGGCGGCGGCGGGGGCUGCCCGCGCUCGCUGGACGGCCGCUGGGUCAUCGCCUCCAUCCAGAGCCCCGAGGCGGCCUUCGGGGUCAGCAGCAUCCUGCACCAGGAGGGGCCGUUGCCCGGGAAACAGCCGGAAGUGCCCAGGGUCACCACGGCAACCGGUAGGCCCAGAAGCCCGACUGGGGCAG